GUUUAACAGUCCGUCAACAAACAGCAUCCAGCAUCCACAUGCUGAGAAUAUACUAUUAAACUAUAAUAUUAAAACAAAGUGAUAUGAAAUGACAAUUAUUAUACGAGAUUAUACAAUAAUUUAAAUUGUAUAUGUAGUCAGCAACACAAUAGAAAUGCACUUUCUCGGGCUUACAAUGACGAAGUGGCUCAGUUAGAAGGUCGUUGAUGGCACAGAUGUGGAGGGCAGGUCGUGUCCUGACUGCUCGGCUGGGGGACCGAGGAGCAGCCAGGCUGUGUUCAGGGACCCUCCCCAAACCUCCAUCCUCUACCUCAUCUCCACCACUGUCCUCUCGGCCCCAGGCCCAGAAGCGGAGGCGGGAGCGGGAGGAGGCCAUACUGUCAGGUCAACACAGUCCUGCUGAAGACGGAGUGCUGGGAUGGAGUGAGAAGCAGAGGAUCGAGUACACGGCUCACACAGCUCCGGGGACAAAGAAAGACACCAGCCUGCCGCUCCCCCCCUCCUACAGUCCGGAGUAUGUGGAGUCCAGCUGGUACCAGUGGUGGGAGAAGGAGGGCUUCUUCAGUCCAGAGCAGCAUGAGAGGUUGCCCCACGCUGUGGAUCAGACCUUCUCUCUGUGUAUCCCCCCCCCUAACGUGACGGGCAGUCUGCACCUGGGCCACGCUCUGACUGUGGCUGUGGAGGACGCUCUGGUCCGAUGGCGCAGGAUGCAGGGCCACAGGGUGCUGUGGGUCCCAGGCUGUGACCAUGCAGGCAUCGCCACACAGACAGUGGUGGAGAGGAGGCUGCUGAGGGAGACAGGCAGGCGCAGGCAGGACUUCACCAGGCAGGAGUUUCUGAGGGAGGUGUGGAAAUGGAAGAACGAGAGGGGAGAGGAGAUCUACCAGCAGCUGAGGAGUCUGGGAGCCUCUCUGGACUGGAGCAGAGCCUGCUUCACCAUGGACCCAGUGUUCAGCAGGGCGGUGAGCGAGGCCUUCGUCAGGCUGGCUGACUCGGGGAGGAUCUACCGCUCUGAGGCUCUGGUCAACUGGAGCUGUGCUCUGGAGUCGGCCAUCUCAGACAUCGAGGUUGACUCCAAAGAUCUGAGUGGCCCCACCCUGCUGUGUGUCCCUGGUUAUGACAACAAGGUGGAGUUUGGAACCAUGCUCACCUUUGCGUACGCCAUAGAAGGCCACGAUGGAGAAGUGGCGGUGUCCACCACCCGUCCUGAGACCAUGCUGGGGGAUGUGGCUGUAGCUGUUCACCCUGAAGACCCUCGCUACCAGGCCUUUCAUGGGAAGCAGUGCAGACACCCGUUCACCAGCAGACUGCUGCCCAUCAUCACUGACCCUCUGGUGGACAUGGAGCUGGGAACUGGUGCAGUGAAGGUGACCCCCGCUCAUGACCACACUGACUUCCUGUUGUCACAGAGACACUCACUGCCACGCCUCACUGUGAUUGGUGGAGACGGGAACAUGACGACGGCCUGCGGACAGUGGCUGCAGGGAGUGAAGCGCUUCGAUGCCAGGCAGAUGGUGGUGGACGCUCUGGUGGAGAGGAAGCUGUUCAGAGGAAAGAAGAACCACGCCAUGACUUUACCCGUCUGCAGCCGCUCAGGAGACAUCAUUGAACCUCUUCUGAAGAAGCAGUGGUUUAUCAGCUGUGAUGAAAUGGCAAAACAGGCUAUCCAGGCUGUGGAGGACGGGCAGCUGCAGAUCGUCCCUCACUACUACAGCAAGACCUGGAGGAACUGGCUGUCCAACAUCAGUGAUUGGUGCAUCUCCAGGCAGCUCUGGUGGGGUCAUCAGAUCCCCGCCUACCAAGUGCAGCUCCCUGACUCCACAAACACACAGGAGGAGCGGUGGGUUUGGGGACGGAGCGAGGACGAGGCCCGACAAAGAGCCGCUGUCAGAUAUGGAGUGAAGCCCGAGGAUAUCACUCUGACUCAGGACCCAGAUGUGCUGGACACGUGGUUCUCCUCGGGGCUGUUCCCCUUCGCCAUGCUGGGCUGGCCUGAGCAGACCCCUGACCUGCAGCAUUUCUACCCCAACUCCCUCCUGGAGACGGGCAGUGACCUCGUCUUCUUCUGGGUGGCCAGGAUGGUGAUGCUGGGCACAGAGCUGACCGGACAGCUGCCCUUUAAACAGGUUCUCUUCCACUCUAUGGUGAGAGAUAAGCAUGGCAGGAAGAUGAGUAAAUCUCUGGGAAAUGUCAUCGACCCUUUAGAUGUGAUACAUGGGGUCUCUCUGGAGAGACUUCAAGAGAAAGUGCAGGAGGGAAACCUGGAGCCCCGGGAGCAUCUGGUUUCCAUGGAAGCGCAGAGGAAAGACUUCCCCAGAGGGAUCCCUCAGUGUGGGACCGAUGCUCUGAGAUUCGCCCUCUGCUCUCACAAGAUGCAGGGAGAGGACAUCAGUCUGUCCAUAUCUGAGGUCCUGAGCUGCAGACACUUCUGUAACAAGAUGUGGCAGACGCUGAAGUUCACGCUGGGAGUGCUGGGGGACAGCUCCACACCAGUGACAACACUGGAGCAGACGGCAGCAGUGGGCAGCAUGGAGCGCUGGGUCUGCUCCCGGCUGUACAGCACCGUGCUGCAGUGUGAGCAGGGCCUGGAGGCCUCUAAGCUGCACACCGUCACCUCAGCCCUGCACUCCUUCUGGGUGCACAGCCUGUGUGACGUCUACAUGGAGUGUGUGAAGCCUGUGCUGGCGCUGCCCCCGGACACAGAGCAGAGUGUGGGGGCUCAGCAGGGGGUCCGCAGCGUCCUCUUCCACUGUGUGUCCGUGUCUCUCGCCCUGCUCUCCCCCUUCAUGCCCUUCAUCACUGAGGAGCUGUGGCAGAGGCUCCAGCCCUUCAGCCCUGCUGCUGCCGCUUCCCCCCCCACCCUGUGUCUGCAGCCGUACCCCCGCUCCUCCCAGCUGGCACACUGGCACUUCCCUGACGAGGAGAGAGACUUCCUGUUGGUGCAGGAAGUGAUCCGAGCGGCCCGAUCGCUACGAGCCCAGUGUGGCAUGACCAAAGAAAAACCUGCCAUGUGGGCGGUGUGCUCCCCCAGCCAGGCUCAGGUCCUGCUUCACUUCGGAUCAGCUGUCUGGACUUUAUGCCGUAUCUCCAGCCUCCAUAUCCACUGUCCUGAUGGAGCAGAGUGCCCCCCUGCUCUCCUCUCCACCCCCCCACCUACAGGCAGCCUGGUGGCUGUGGUGGACCACACCUGUCAGCUACACCUCCACAUCCAGAGUGGAGUGGACGUGGACAAACAGGUGCAGCAGCUGUCCCUGCGCAGAGACAGACUCCUCCCAAAGCUGGAGCAGCUCCUCCUCAGACAGCAGGAGCAGGACUCCCAGAGCAAGGUUCCUGCUCACAUCAGGGAGCAGACGGACAGCAAG